AUGAUCAAGGCUUUCAGUCUUUGCUUGGUAGCUCUAGGCUAUGUCGCUGCUCAAUCCGGAAAUAUCAAGCUGGAGUUUGUGCAAUCCAUGUGGCGUCAUGGAGAACGCGCGUCUCAAAUCGAUUUGUACCCCAUCUACGAGAAGGACUGGAUUUUCGGAGGAGGUGGUCUCGGAGAGCUCACUGCCAUUGGAAUGGGAGAGAUGAACGAUCUGGGAAGACUUAUUCGUCAAAGAUAUGUCAAUACCUUCAACUUCUUGAAGCCAAAGUAUGCAUCAAAGGAAGUUUAUGUGAGAUCUACCGACUUCAAUAGAACCAUCAUUUCUGCAAUGUCUAUGCUAUAUGGAAUGUUCCCACCAAGCUUGUACGAUAUUCCAAACGUGGAUUAUCCGUUCACCCCUUUCAAAUGGCAACCAGGACUCACCUUUGUUCCGGUUCAUGUUGACGGACCACAACAAUGUGCUGCCAGUCAAAACUGCCCAUGCCCAAGAUACGAUCUCCUCCAAGCUCGCAUGCUUGCUCUCCCAGAAGUGCUUCCUAAAUUCCAGCAAGUCGUUCUUCUUAACCGUCAAAUCGGCCCACAUUACAAUAUGACCACCGGAAUCGACACCUUCUACACCUACCCGGACACGUGGAAGUGUCAAAGAGCCUACUUCAACAAGACCAUGUACGAGAAACUUCCAUGGUACAAUGAGGACUUGUACUACCAGUCGCAAACUGUUUAUGCUCCAGUCAAGGGAUUCUUGGAGGGUAACUUCCAAAACUCCGCAGUCUCUAACGGUCUUGAUGUGGCUCUGGAGAUGAAGAAGGUUCGAGCUGGAGUCAUCAUCAAUGAGUUGUACAACAGAGCUUCUGAGAAAUUCGAUUGCGCAGAACUUGGAGAGAACUGCACCGGAUACUUGAAGCAGUUGAAGUUCUAUGGAUACUCCAUUCAUGACAACAACGUCUACGCCGUUCUCGUUGCUCUUGGAAUCCCUAAUAUCGCUGACACUAUUGACGGAUGGCCAGCAUACGCCGCUGGAAUCUUCUUGGAGUUCCACAGAAACACACAAACCAAUGAGAGAUUCUUCAAGGUUCUUUACCGCUCGAAUGCCAAUGCCAACAUCGCUGAUGUCACCACACAAGUCCCAAUGUGCAAUGGAGCAGCUUUGUGUCCAUUCGCUGCCCUUCAGAACUUGGCUAACACCAUUAAGCCACUUCCAGAUAUCACCACGGUGAGAACUUAUUUUUUGAAAGUUGGGUUUCCAAUAACAUGGUAUUUCAGCUCUGCAACUCUCCAUUGUAAGAAGGACGUUGAGCAAUAG